AAUGCGCUCCUGUGGUAAACAUGGCGACAAUGACGCCAAAUACUUUUGAUGCCUGUAGAAGGAAAUUGAAUAUCAUCUGAUCAGAGAAUUUUUUCCGAUCAUUAAAUGCGAAAUAUAAUAGAAAUUUGUUAAAUAACACAUUCGCAUAUAUUAGUCAAAUUUGACAAACAUUACUUUUACACGUUCAAAUAAGCCAUGUCAGGGAUUAUCGCGUUUGAAGCCGAAUUAAAUUCAAUAGUAAAAGAAUAUUUGGAAUUUAAUGGAUUGGACAAGUCGUCCGUUGUUUUUAUGGAGGAAUGUGAAGAUAAAGAUAGAAAAAUAGCUCCACCAGAUCCGAGACCCUUAACAAAUCAAGACAAUGUAGCCGCACAGGGCGGCGACCCAGUAGAAGAGAUGGCUGAAUUCCGAAAUUUUAUAGAAUCCAAAGGAUCGACUUUGAGCCAAACAUCAGAGUUCCUUCCCUAUUACGCUUUACCCUUCGUUCCAAAUGCAAAAGUCCAUCCAUCUUUCAAAGAACUAUUUUCAGAUUCCUGGGUACCAGACUUACAAGUGAGACUUCAAAAAUUCCUAUCAAUAACUCUGCAUUCUAAACCUCAACCACGACUCUUCGAAAUCUACAGAGGCGGACCAGGCAAAGAAAACAUAGUCUUACAAGAACAGAUUGUGGACGCCGAGAGAAAAGCAGCUGCCUACUUGAAGCGCUUUAAUAGAUUGCAGAUUGAUUAUCGAAAUUUGAUAGCCAUAACAGCUGACCUCGUCGACACAUUAGAAAGAAGCGUACAAGGUGAAAUGGUUACACCAGAAUAUUUGGAGAAGAUGUGUAGUCGGCUAUUCAGUAAUCAAGUUAGACAGUCCGUCAAUUUGUCCAGACCAGGAACGGCUGCUGAAAUGCUUCGGCAAUCUGUUCUUCCUCCCCAAGGUUUACAACCCGGUGAGAGUAUGCCUAACAAAAGUUUGGAUUACGACCGAAUAAAGCAUGAUCUGACAGAGGGAGGAGAAAGACUUAAAGCAUUACUUUUGCAAGCAUUGCGAUGGGUAUUCCAUCAGCAAACGACGUUAGAUUUAUUGACGCAUUCAAACGCCGUUGUAAAGGAGUAUAAAGCCCGCUUAUUGAAUACGAUAGCCUCGUUAAACGAAGGCCGAUCCUACUUGUCUAAGCAUGCUCUCCUCCUGCCUGCUUUGAUGGACGCAUUACACGAAGAGACUGUUGAGAGUCGAUUCAGAGAACAUGCGCUCGGUUGCCUGCAGAAGCUAUCGCUUCGUCACGAUCAACAGACACGAAUGAUCGAUUUGGGAAUAAUAGAAUGGUUAGUUAAGGUCCUCGAGGAUACUGACUCAUUGAGCGAAUAUUCGUUAGAAUAUUCUGUUGCUUUAUUAAUGAAUGUAUGUUUAAGAACGUCUGGUAAAACGAGAUGCUGUGCUAACCCUUCAGAUGUACUUCGAGUUUUAGCGAACUUAUUAGCCUUGAAUAACAGAGACAUUAAUGCUUAUGUUAAUGGAACAUUAUAUGCUAUAUUAUCAAUGCAACCAGUUAGAGAAGAGGGUCGAAAAAUGGGUUUGGAAGAGUUGCUUACAAGCUUAAUGAAGGAGGAGCAACAAGAUAUGAACAGACAAUUUGAAUUUAUUAUUAAACAAUUAAACUCCAACGAACAGCACGAUGAAGAAUCUGACGCAGAAGAUGAAGAUGAUGAAGAGGAGAUACUAGAACCCGAUUUAGAUAAGAAUGAAAUCGUAAGACCAGAAGGCAGAGAACUUGGUGGAGAUAGACUUUUAAAUACUAACUAUGUAACUGCGAGUCCGGCUAGGUCAAAGAAAAAGCAACUGGAUGCCUUGAAAGAUGACGAAAUGCUCACACGACCUGUGACCCCCGGGCAACGUCAUAACUCAACCGCACCAGUCGUCCAUGUAAAAAAUCCGAGUCGACCAACUUCAAAAAAUUCCAGACCACCAACUAGGACCGGCUCCCGGCCAAAUUCAGGAGAAGAGAGGCCAUCAUCAAAAUCUUCCAAUCACAGUAGAGGAUCUAGCAAAGGCCAGAACGGAAAACCGUUGAGUAGAGCUCAUUAUUGCUUUGUUAAAAAAUUAACAUUCUCUUUAAAUACUUUUGACAGGGGUGAGGAUUAUUCAAAUGCAUUCUCCUCACGACCUAAAAUUCCACGUACGCCUGAUGCAAGUGGCGGUCGAUCGAGUCAAGUGGGAAGAAGUGCCCCGCCGCAACCAAAUUAUUCAGAGUCCUUACCAACUCCUCGACCCGGUUCCGGCGGAUCACAGUUGAAAUGA